UGGAAACUCCAGCCACCCACCGUAGUCCAUGACAAAUAGUCUUUAUGAAAAGCCUCUUAACCAUUAAAACAUUCAUAUACAGUGCUUUUCCUCAAACAACCACUGACACAGCUGUGUUACUUUCAGCCUGUGUUAUGAGUUUGAACGCCUAAUAUUUGUUUUCCAUUAAGUUUUGCAGUUUUAUGUUCCUGUAUAAAAUAACUGUUGUACUACCAGUGCACUUAUUUGUGACUGAUUGGUUUGAUGCUGCCAACUGCCUUUAUGUGGAUGUGCUCACAGCUAGACUGAUAAAUCCCUGUAAACAUGGCAAGUUGGUUAACCAGCUUCCUGUGACUCGUUGUGCUGGUAACUAAUGUUAGCAUUACUAAAUACUAAUGAGAGAAAGAUUAUUUGUGCAUAUAAUAGAAAAAUCUAAAUGGAAAUCCAAAGUCAAAAAUAUUAGUUAAGGAUUCUAAAACGAUUUAAAAGAUUAACCUGGCAAUAGCUUGUCCUACAUUAAUUAGAGUAGUUGUAAGAGAGUUGUAUAGCCUCAUAAAUCUGACAGAGAGAGAGAGGCAGCUCAAUGAUCAACAACAGAAGAAUAAUCUGUGCUUUAUUCUAUGUUUGUGUUUACAGACGUAAACAACACAAACACCAAGCAGAGUUUCCAGGAUCCAGCUCUGUGUCCAUGAACAGUGACAUGUCCAGAGAUUAUCCUCCAGUCUUCAGUCAUGAACCUGGACCCCCAAUCACACAAGAGAAGAAGAGGAAUUUAUUUGUGGAGAAGCCAGUGUCAUGUUGUGUGUGGUGUCAGGAUGUCCUGAAGGAUUCAUCUACAGACUUCUGUCCCCAAUGUGGAGUAAAGUCUGUAACCAGAACUUUUCAGCAGACAGCCAAUACUGAUCUAGAAAAAGUUUUUGAUGUAUUAAAGGUCACUCUGAGGACACGAUAUGAACAUGUGAUUGAAGGAACUGAUAAAACAGGAAUUGGAGCCCUCCUCAGAUUGAUCUACACUGAGCUCUAUAUCACAGAGGAGCAGAGUGAAGCUGUACACUUCCAACAUGAGGUGAGGCAGGUGGAGAGCGCUUGUAAGAAGAUCCCCUGUGAAACACCAAUCAGCAGCAAGGACAUCUUUAAAGCCUUACCUGACCAACAAAGACCCAUCAGAGUGGUUCUGACAUAUGGUGUUGCUGGCAUUGGAAAAACCUUCUUGGUGCAGAAGUUCACUCUGGACUGGGCAGAGAGCUUAGAAAACCAACAAAUCAGUGCGGUGGUUCUGCUUUCAUUCAGGGAGCUGAACUUGGUCAGAGAUGAGCAGUACAGUCUCCUGGAGCUGAUCCAUGUUUUCUAUCCAACAUUACAGAGCAUCACAGCAGAGAAGCUCACUGUGUAUAAUCUUUUAUUCAUCUUUGAUGGCCUGGAUGAAAGCAGACUUUUGUUAAAUUUCAACAACAGGAAGCUGGUGUCUGAUGUCACACAGAAGUCCACCAUUAGUGAGCUGCUGACAAAUCUCAUUGAGGGAAAUCUGCUUCCAUCUGCUCUCAUCUGGAUAACUUCCCGACCCGCAGCAGUAAGUCAAAUUCCUCCUAAAUGUGUUGACAGGAUGACAGAAGUUCGAGGUUUUACUGACUCCCAGAAGCAAGAGUACUUCAGGAGAAGAUUCAGAAAUAAAGAGCUAUCAAGCAGAAUUAUCUCUCACUUGAAAACAUCCAGGAGCCUUUACAUUAUGUGUGGAAUCCCAGUCUUCUGCUGGAUCACUGCUACAGUUCUGGAGCACAUGUUGACUACAGAGGAGAGAGGAGAGCUGCCCAAGACCCUGACUGACAUGUACUCACACUUCCUGCUGGUUCAGACAAAGAAAAAGCACAAGUACCAUGAGGGGCAAGAGAUGAGUUGUCAAGAGCUCACCAAUGCUGGCAGGGAAGUUCUUCUGAAGCUGGGGAGGCUAGGGUUUGAACAUCUGCAGAAAAAAAGCAUCCUGUUUUACCAAGAAGACUUGGAGCAGUGUGGUCUGGAUGUCACAGAGGCCUCUGUGUAUUCAGGAGUUUGUACAGAGAUCCUCAAAAGAGAGUCUGUGAUCUUCCAGAAACCAGUUUACUGCUUUGUUCAUCUGAGCAUUCAGGAGUUUCUGGCUGCUGUCUACAUGUUUCACUGUUACACCAACAGGAAGACAGAGGUGCUGCAGAACUUCCUUACUGAGGACGAUAAAGGAAAUAAGAUAUCUUUGAAAGAUAUCUCAUCUCUGGAAGAUUUUCUGAGCAGAGCCAUGGAAGAAUCCUUGAAAAUUCCGAAUAGCCACCUGGAACUGUUUGUUCGCUUCCUUCAUGGCCUCUCUAUGAAAUCCAACCAGAGACUCUUAGGAGGUCUGCUGGGUCAGACAGAGAGCAGUCCACAAACCAUCCAGAGAGUCAUCAACAACCUGAAGAAGAUUAGCAGUGAAGGCAAGUGUCCUGAAAGAUGCAUAAACAUUCUCUACUCUCUCAGGGAGAUGAAUGACGUCUUAGUACAUCAGGAGAUCCAAGAGUUUCUAAAGUCACAGAACAAGUCAGAGAAGAAACUCUCUGAAAUUGAGUCCACAGCUUUGGCACAUAUGUUGAUGAUGUCAGAGAACGUUAUGGACGAGUUUGAUCUGCAGAAGUACAACACAUCACGGGAGGGACGAUGGAGCCUUCUUCCAGCUGUGGUAAACUGCAGAAAGGCUCGACUUCAUGAUGUUCAUAUCUUUGGGGGUAGCUGUGGAUCUUUGGCCUUAGCUCUGACCUCAGACCCCUCCCAUCUGAGAGAGCUGCACAUGAAAUCAGUGAGACUGGAGGAAGAUGCAGAAGAACUCUUUACUCAUCUGGGGCAUCCAAACUGUAGACUGGAGACACUCAGCUUUGAGGACAGCACUUUGUUAGAGAAGAACUGUUCCGAACUGCUCAGUGCUCUGAAGUCCAACCCCCCCUAUCUGAAACGUCUGGAUCUAAUAGGAUGCAACCUGGAGGGUUCAGGGAUGAAACAGCUGUAUGAUUACCUGGAAAGUCCACACUGUAAACUACAGUUUAAAAGGUAAACCAGCCUAUGAAAUGGAUGAAACCACAUCAUGACUGGGUUCCAACGCUACAUAAGGGGCACUCCGAAAUCCCUGCUUCAAACAUACCACCUUUCCAAUCAGAUUAUUUCUUCCAUGUGAGGGAGAAGUGGUGACCCUUCUGGAUAAGAUUGUGAAGGUUUGCUGCGUUUUGGAGAACAGUGUGGUAGUAAAACCAGGGAAAAAUGAGACUUGCUGUUGUUAAUUACUCUUAAGUCUUGUGCUGUAUAUAUAUAGCGGUAAUUUUUCAAAAGAUACAGUAAAUUAAGUAGUGUUAGUAGUGGGUGAUAUUAUGUAAACACUGUCAUGAUUUUCAUUCUUUGUAAACAUUUUGUCAUUUGUAAACUAUAAAUGACAUGGAUUCUACAUUGUAGAACAUCAUAUCACAAAAUGGUUUUAAUAAAAUAAAGGCACAAAUUUGUUUGUUUCUUUAUUCAACUUUUGAACAGUGGUACUUAGUAAGCACAUAUUAUAGCGGCAACCUUCGGUCCUUCUUUGCCGCUUCUGCAGAACGUAAAGUUUCUGACUCGUGCUCUUGUUAAGUCGCUUGGAUGCCUUCCGGUAGCAAAAAACGAGGCGAAGGAAAAAAGGGGCAAAACAUUUAUUUUCCAUACAAAUCGAAAGGUACAAAACAAAUGCCUCUGGUGGGAGCUCCGUUUAUAUUCCCUUUAUGUCACAACAAAAAAAUAACAUUAAAACGGCGACGGUCAGAAUUAAGCAGCAUAUGUAAUAUGCUGUGCUCCAUAAAUUAAUCUGUUGUUGUUGUAAAGUGUUGGUAGAUGUCGUAAAGGGGUGUGUAUUUGGCCCGC